CCCCCUUCCCUGCCGGCCGCUCGUCCUGCGCCGCAGCCCGGCCCCCGACGGCCUCGCGUUGAGAUGACUUUCCGCGACCUCCUGAGCGUCACUUUCGAGGGACCCCGGCCGGACAUCAGCGCCGGGGGCUCGGGCGCGGGCGGAGGCGCCGGCGCGGGCGACACGGCCUCCUCGGAGAGCCCGGCGGUGGGCGGCGUGCCGGGAGCGGCGGGGGGCGGCGGCGGCGGCGGCGUGGUGGGCGCGGGCAGUGGCGAGGACAACCGGAGUUCGGCGGGGGAGCCGGGGGGCGCGGGCGGCGGCGGCGAGGUGAACGGCACGGCGGCCGUCGGGGGCCUGGUCGUGAGCGCGCAGAGCGUGGGUGUGGGGGUCUUCCUGGCAGCCUUCAUCCUCACGGCCGUGGCGGGCAACCUGCUCGUCAUCCUCUCGGUGGCCUGCAACCGCCACCUACAGACCGUCACCAACUACUUCAUCGUGAACCUGGCCGUGGCCGACCUGCUGCUGAGCGCCACGGUGCUGCCCUUCUCGGCCACCAUGGAGGUUCUGGGCUUCUGGGCGUUCGGCCGGGCCUUCUGCGACGUGUGGGCCGCCGUGGACGUGCUGUGCUGCACCGCCUCCAUCCUCAGCCUCUGCACCAUCUCUGUGGACCGGUACGUGGGCGUGCGCCACUCGCUCAAGUACCCGGCCAUCAUGACGGAGCGCAAGGCGGCCGCCAUCCUGGCGCUGCUCUGGGCCGUGGCGCUCGUAGUGUCCAUGGGGCCGCUGCUGGGCUGGAAGGAGCCGGUGCCCCCGGAUGAACGCUUCUGCGGUAUCACCGAGGAGGCGGGCUACGCCGUCUUCUCCUCGCUGUGCUCCUUCUACCUGCCCAUGGCGGUCAUCGUGGUCAUGUACUGCCGCGUGUACGUGGUCGCGCGCAGCACCACGCGCAGCCUGGAGGCGGGCGUCAAGCGCGAGCGCGGCAAGGCCUCCGAGGUGGUGCUGCGCAUCCACUGUCGCGGUGCGGCCAGCGGCGCCGAUGGGGCGCCCGGGACGCGCGGCACCAAGGGCCACACCUUCCGCAGCUCGCUCUCCGUGCGCCUGCUCAAGUUCUCCCGCGAGAAGAAGGCGGCCAAGACGCUGGCCAUCGUCGUGGGCGUCUUCGUGCUCUGCUGGUUCCCUUUCUUCUUCGUGCUGCCGCUCGGCUCCCUGUUCCCGCAGCUGAAGCCGUCCGAGGGCGUUUUCAAGGUCAUCUUCUGGCUGGGCUACUUCAACAGCUGCGUGAACCCACUCAUCUACCCCUGCUCCAGCCGCGAGUUCAAGCGCGCCUUCCUCCGCCUGCUGCGCUGCCAGUGCCGGCGCCGCCGCCGCCGCCGUCCGCUCUGGCGCGUCUACGGCCACCACUGGCGGGCCUCGGCCGGAGGCGGCCCGCACCCCGACUGCGCCCUCAGCGCGGGCGCCGCGCUCCCCGGAGCCGCCCUGGCCCUCCCCGCGCCGCCGGCCCCCAGCUCCGCCGCCGCGCCCGAGGUGCAGGCUGCGGGCGCCGGCCGUCGAAAGCCGCCCUGCGCCUUCCGCGAGUGGCGGCUGCUGGGGCCCCUGCGGCGACCCACCACGCAGCUGCGGGCCAAGGUCUCCAGCCUGUCGCACAAGAUCCGCGCCGGCGGCGCGCAGCGAGCGGAGGCCGCGUGCGCUCUGCGCUCGGAGGUGGAGGCCGUGGCGCUGCGCGUCGCCCGCGAUGUGGCCGAGGACAACACCUGCCAGGCCUACGAGCUGGCCGACUACCGCAACCUCCGCGAGACUGACAUUUAAGGCCCGCUCUCCCUUCCCACCCCUACCCCGCACACCUCCCCACCCCCUACCCCCCACCCCCAGCCAGACCAGGCAGGAUGAGACGCGCAGCGUUCCCGGGAGGGUGGCGGGUGGGUCGGAGACCCAGCUGCUGAAGGGGGGCUGUGCGUGGUGUCCCCGAGACACUGGGGCGGGGCGUGGGACUGGGAAUUGUGAGGCCCCCAGCUGGACACAGGUGCCCGGGGCACUUCUUGCCUAAGAAGGCGGGUCGUUUAUGCCGGCCCUGCUUGAGAAACACCGCGCCAAGCGCCAUUCCAUGGCCUCUGGGUAGACAGCGCCGAGCGAGCGUGGCCAGGCUAGCCUCCUGCAGCCCCUCCUCAGGAGGAAGAGGUUAAAGCCAGAGGGGCCAGGACCCCUCCUCAGAGGACAGAGCUUCUUGCGGCCGCCCCGGAGGAGCCCAGGGGACCGGCGGCCACCACCCACGAUUCUGGCAGCAGCUUGCGAGGCCGGCUGCUGUUCCCCGAACCCUCCACGCACUCCCUGUCACCUCCCUCGUGGCCGCCCCCGAGGGCCCUACUGUUUACACUCUGUGCAUAGCUCCCUGUGCCUGUCCGUGCCCAUCACUUCUUGCUGGGAUUCCGAGCCACCAACGUGGGGGAGCUUGGUUUGUCAUUUGGAGACAUAUUUAUUGGUAAGAUUACUUCUAUUUUGUCCAGACUGUGCAAAUUGUCCCUCUUUAGCCAAUAACCUAUAAAGAACUUUUUUUUCUAAAAUCCUUCAAGUACCAAAUGUCCACGACAGGAUAGAUUGGAUCUACUUUGUGCCUUUCUAGAUUCCAUUUUGCUGUCUCUUUAAUUGAUGGCUGCUGUCCUUUGGGACUUUUCCUGAUGACCAAAAGACCUGGUUUUAUUGGCCUUUAAUAUUCC